AUGCACACAAUCGAGCGAGUUACAGAAGGUUUUAGCCUGGGCGAAGGCCCCCAUUGGGACGCCUCGACCCAGAGCCUUUAUUUUGUCGACGUUUUUGGCCAAAGUAUCGUAAAAUAUGCACCAACCACCAAGAAAGUAACUAAAGCAUCAGUUGCACCAAAAACCGCAUCGUUUAUAAUCCCAGUCGAGGGCGCAAAAGACCAAUUUGUGAUUUCACUAAACAACGAAUUAGUCAUUAUUUUGUGGGACGGCGAGAGUGAUAGUGCAAAAAUCGUGGAGAAGUUGGCGUCAGUUGAUAAUAAAUUCAACGAUGCGAAGUGUGACUCCACGGGCCGUUUGUGGGCCGGGGGACACACUUUGAACGAGAGUGACUUCAUGAACAGUGGGCCUCUGGGCCACUUAUUCUCCCUCGAUUCGAACAAACAGCUAAAGAAAUGUUUGGACAAAAUCCGGGUUGCAAACGGAUUGGCUUUCAACGACAAGGUGAAGAAAAUGUAUUACAUCGACUCUUUGGCAGGGACAGUCGAUUGGUUUGAUUUUGACGUAAACAGCGGCACGAUUUCCAACAGACAAGUCCUGUUCACGUUGAAAAAGCACAACGUGACGGGAAUUGCCGAUGGUAUGACCAUAGACACCGAUGGUAAUCUAUGGGUGGCCGUUUUUGGGGGCAACAGAGUGCUGAAGAUUGAUGGUAACAAAAGUGAAACACUUCUGGACACCAUAAACAUGCCAGCGGAACAAGUCACUUCGGUUGCUUUCGGGGGUCGCAAUUUGGACGAACUGUUUGUGACAACAGGACGCUUUGAAACCGAUGAAAAAAAAUUGCCAGCGCCUGUCAAUGGUGCUACUUAUAGAGUCACGGGGACUGGAGCCAAAGGACUCCCGGGAGUUAGCUUCAAACUCAAUUAAUUUGUGUAUUUCGUUCAAAAUUACAAUGUCACAAAUAGAACAAGGAAACUUGUUAGAUAAUAAAGUGUGUAAGCACUAGACCCAG